AUGAAGGAAGCCCAGGCCCCGGACGGGAUUAUCAUUUGGCGUCAUCGGCUAAAGUUGCUGGUAAACUGGCCUCAAGUUAUCCUUCGUCAUCGUGCGUGUUGGGUUGCCAGAUGUCGCUAUGGAGAAACCGAGCAAAUGAAGGACUUUGACGAAGCCAUGCGGCUGGCUCAACGAAACGUUGCGUUCCUUCCACUACACCAUGCGUACUUGAGCGAUCUGGCAAUGUGCCUUGCAGACCGGUACAGAUUUACAAGGAACGACGAUGACUUUGAAGAAGCAAGGCGUCUAUAUAGACAUAUUCUUGACGAUGAACCCCGAAAGAGAAUUGAAGCAGAGACCUGCCAGAGAUUCUGUCUCUUAUACUAUUCCAGAUCCCAGAUAACGGGCCAGCACCAUUGUGCUGAGGAAGCAGUACGACUAGCAGAGUCAGCCACCAGGAGCAGUCACACCCGUGCCCUUCAGUCUCAAUCUCUUAGCUUCCUCUCAUUUACUCUUUUCAACGGAUAUAUGAUGACGGCUGAUCACGACAAGGCAAGGGCAUUGGACUAUCUGGAGAGAGGAAUACGCGCGGCACGUCAAGGAGUCCAAAUGCCAAAAGGGUGUGACGAGGCGAGGCAAAUACUCAAAGACUGCCUGGAGCAUUACUAUAAGGAGACUGGACAGUUAUCCGCCCUCGAAGAAGCAAUAUCCUUAGCUAGAAAUGCUUCAGCUUCGGCACCGAAAAACAGCCGAGAUGAGUAUACUAGCCUUUUUACGCUCAGAGACUUUCUCCAUGAUUUGCAUGGCCAAACAGGAUCAAUUGAAUCUCUUAGAGAGGCGGAAGAAGUCCAUGAAAAGGCUACUGAGAUAGCACACCGGCUGCUUGUCUCGAUCCUAACUGAUCAUUACAGCUAUAUACACAUUUUGAAAGAUCUCUCGUGGUUCAUGUUCUGCUGGCAUAAGAAAACCGGCGGUGCCACUGAGUUGACAGAGGCUCUUCGCCUCAUCAGACAGGCUAUUGAGCUUUGUCCAGCGGGUUUGCCAGAGCAAGCGCAAUGGCGAAUCUUAUACGGUGAUUAUCUCGCUCACUGGUCUGAAGAAGUGUGCCCCCUUUCUGAGGUAUUGGACGGUGCCGAAAUAGUUAUGGAGGCUGCCAACUUCGCAACGGAUGACUGCUUAUGGGAUACGAGACCAAUCCUACAGCUAAUUAAAUGUCUUACUCAACUCUAUCAUAUCACCCGGGAGUUGAAAUACCUCGAGAAAUCCGUCAGUCUUGCAAGAAGGGCAAUUGACACUAUUCCAAGGGAUAGCUUGACUAGGGGCACUAUUUUGACCGACCUCGUGCUCUUGCUGAAAAUUCGAUAUUUAAAUACACACUCCUCUUCAGACUUGACGGAGCGGAUUAGCAUAGCGAAGCAACUGGUAGAUGAGACAUCUUCUAGCCACCCCGAUCGCUCUAACAGGCUCAGAUUAUACGCAGAUACGCUCAUUUCAUCAAUAUCUAGAGACUAUACCGCAGAUAAAAUGGCAGAAGCAAUCAGCAUGAGCAGGCUUGCGGUAGAUACUGCUUCGAAUGACAUGUCGCGAUAUCUCAGUUUGACUAUUCUAACCUCGUCUCUCUUGACGUCCUUCAAACGGUCGAAAUCGAUAAAAGAAUUGGACGAAGCCAUUCAAGUCUCCAGAGACGCAGCCAAAUGUGCCACAGGGAAAUAUAAGCCAUAUGCCUGGAGUUACCUCUCAAGCACACUUCGCAGUCGGUAUGAAAACUCAAUGAACCUGAAUGAUAUUGAUGAGGCAAUUGAUACUGCGAGGAUUGCAAUCAGCUUCUCUCCGGUCGGCAGCUAUGAAGAAAUCAUUAAUGCAACAUAUCUUGGGUCCUAUCUCCUUGCGAGGGAACAGCAUGUUAACCGAGGGGCCGACUUGGCAGAAGCUCAACACAUACUUGGCAAAUUCCUGACCAGCAACUAUCAAUAUUACAACAUGCAUUUCAUAGAAACCGCUCGAGAUUUCAUCAAUACAUGUAAUCUUGGAGCAGAUUUGGAACGAGGAUUUGAGAUGUCGUGCCGCGUGAUUGAUCUUCUCCCAAGGAUGCUGCCGAACUCGCUUGAGCAUUCGGACAAGCAGUGGGUACUUCGAGCCAUGGUUCAAAUAGCUUCCUCGGCUGCAUCACAGGCGUUCGACUUGGGCAAAGAACCUAUGGUGGCAUUAGACGUGCUUGAAAGAGGACGUUGGGCAUUCGGCAAGUCUGUCGAGGACACCAGAAGGACUGACAUUCUGAAGCUGGAAGAAAGAAACCCACAGAUCAUAAAACGACUUUUGAGGCUCAGAGAUCAGUUAUCGGGCCCCGCUACUAGCUCUGCGUUACCAGCCUCCCCUGCCAUGCAGGCAGAGUCAGUUGAUGACGACGAACGCUUGCCUCCUAGUAGUCAAUCUCCGACUGAUGAAAGAUACCAUGCGGGGAUUGAGUUUGGACAGAUCAUGAAGGACAUCAGUAAAAUGCCUGGCUUUCAACCACUGAACGAGUACGAUUAUCGCCAAGCUGCCUCUCGCGGGCCCGUUGCAAUCAUCAACAGCGGCACGUUCUGUGGUUGGGCGAUCCUGGUUGAACUACAUCAAAUCAGAGCUAUACGCUUGCCUGGUUUUUCCCACGGAGUAGUAGAAGGGAAGCUUAAACAGGGGCAUCUAAGUAAGCCCUCUAUCCUAAAAUGGCUAUGGGAUGGUGGUAUAAGACAGGUCCUAGAAGCUCUUGGAUACUUUGACCCAGUCACUGGAAAUACCUGGCCUCAUGUGUGGUGGGUACCAGUCGGCAGUAUGAGCAAAUUUCCGCUUCAUGCAGCGGGUUACCACGUCGAAGACCCUGCAAGGACGGUCAUUGAUCGAGUUGUAUCAUCCUACAGCUCAUCAAUCACCGCACUUAUAUAUGGCCGCCGUCGCCUUACACAGCCGUCGUUCCCCUCUGGCAAGGCGGUCUUGGUUGCGAUGGAGAAUACGCCCCAUCUAUCACGUCUACCAUAUGCAUCUGAAGAGAUAAACAACUUGACAAAUCUCUGCACUUCAAUGGGCCUGAGAGUUGACAACCCACCAAAGUCGAAGGGUGCUCUCCUACAGCAGUUGCCAAACUGUCGUAUUUUCCACUUUGCGGGCCACGCGUGCACCAAUCAACUGAACCCUUCGCAAAGUUAUCUCUGCCCCGAAGACGGUCCUGAUGAUCCCAUAACUGUCGAUGACCUACUGAAACUAAACUUGCACAUGAACCCUCCCUUCUUGGCUUAUUUGUCGGCUUGCGGUACGGGUCGCAUAGACGAGCAAAGCAGGUUAAUGGACGAAAGCAUCCAUCUGAUCAGCUCAUGCCAGCUUGCCGGAUUCCGCCAUGUCAUUGGCACACUUUGGGAAGUUAAUGACGAGAUAUGUGUUGAUGUAGCCAAGACGGUGUAUGAGGGGAUAAGGGAUGGGGAAGGCAGUGACGAAUCAGUUUCACGAGGACUCCAUACUGCUUCUAAAUUACUUCGAGAUCGCUGGUCAACUAAGAUUCAACAUGAGAUGGACGAAGCAGAAAGAAACCGCCAGACAACCGAGGCAAGAGGCGAGGGCAUCAUACGUGGAACUGCUAGUGAUGCAGCUGGUUUGCCCAUUGAAACAAGAAAUGGUGUCGUGAGGGAUAAUCUACCCCUAAAAAAGCUUCGCCAUUGGGUGGUAAGGAGCAGGGAUGAACAUCAAGGGGGUGACAAGGCCAGUUCGGAAACGGGUAAUGCGAGGGACAUCGCCUCACAUCCGGCAGCAGUAUUUAAUUCAACCGGGACCAAGCAGCAAGUCAUGAAACAUGUCUUAAGAAAAGAAGACAGAGACAUAGUUGCGGUCGCGGACGAGGAUGAUAUGGCCCCUCCGCUUUGGGUUCCCUAUGUCCACUUUGGCGUCUAG